AUGUUACCUUCAACAGGAUACUUUAAUGGAAUUAAUUGUCCUUUUUACGACACCGGCCUAUGUGACCGACCUUACUGUCAUUUUCGCCAUGUUAAAAAGGAACUCAACGGCGAUAGUAUUGAAACGGGAGAAAUAUUACAAAAAUUGGUAUCAGCAGCAGUACAAAAAGUGCUUAGACAGAACGAGGCGACAGAAGUGCCUUCUACUUCUCAGAGUGCACCCCAAAAUGGCCCCAACAAUACACAAGUAGGUUCAAUGCCUUUAAAGGUUACAUAUAGUCCAACACCAAUAGCUGAAUUAAAUAAAAUAAAUUCAGAAACAAUUGUGGAUGAAGUUGUGAAACGUAGACAUAUACCCGUGCCAUAUACACCUCGCAAACCUGCAACAACUCCAAUUAAAAGGCCUAUUGAUACAAAUGGUUCUAAGUUAUAUGUUGCACCUAUACUCCAAUAUACACCUGGUGCAGAAAGUACUCAACAAGAUCCUUAUACUCCCAAAGGUGCUAUUGAAUCCAAUGAAAAGUAUUUGCCAGGAACUGAAGCUAAGGUUCAAGAAUACUUACCAAGUGAAGAACAAGAAUUACAAAAUUCAACUAAACACAAUUAUAUACCCUCCGACAAAUAUACUUCUGAAAGUAAGAUUAUAGAAUAUAAGCCAACAAAUGUUGCAAAAAAAAACGACAUACACUCUGUUAAAUAUCGACCUACUCCAAAGUCCUUAGUACCAUGUUUCUCCAGCGAUGAAGAAGAACCUCAAACAAAAAAACCAAAAGUAGCAGAAAAUUUAGAUAAUUUUGAUGACCUAGGGCCUGAAUUUGAUAUACUAGACCAAAUACUUGAUGAAGAAAAUAAAACUGAUGAUAUAAAGAAUAAAGAGGUGCAAAAAAAUUCAAGUAGAAAUAAUAAAAAAGAAUUAAAAACUAAGACUGAUAGUAAUGAAAAUGAGAAAGUGAAAAAGAAUCCAAAACACAAUGAAAUUAAGAAGCCCAAGGAGUCCCAUAGUAAAUCAAGUCACAAGAAAAGUCAUGCUUUUAAAAGCAUAGGAGAUAAGGAUGAAUCUAGAAAGUCACAUUCUAGUUCUAGGUCAUCUAAAUCUAAGUCAUCUGAGAAACAUACAAAAUCAUCUUCAUCAGAAAAAUCUAGGCAUUCAAAGAGUUCAUCAUCCCGACAUAAAGAGAAAGACAGAAAAACAUCUAGCGAGAGUAAAGACACUAAGAAAAGUAAUGAGAAACGUCAUAAGUCACAUAAGAGAUCAAAAGAGUCCCAGGACAAGAAAAGUAAGAAAAAGAAACGAGACAGAUCUCCCUCUAAGAGUCCUGAUAGUAUUAGUAAUAAUAUUUCUGAUGAUUUAGAGAUUCUAGAAAGUGAGAUUAUGUCAGAAUCUGAUGAAGAGGCCAUUCAAGAGGAAUGCAAGAGAAUUUUUGAAGAAUAUGUGCCACAAGCUAGAUCACAAAUUGAAGAGAAGGACGUUAAUACAAAUAAACAAGAAGAUUCUGAUGAGGCUGAAAAGUAUAUACCCACAAAGAAAAGAAUUUCUAGAACAGUUGACAAGAAUAUAAAAAUUAUAACUAAACCACCAAUUAAACCAGAUUUCAAAAUCAAUGCUGCUCAAGCUAUGGCAGAGAGGCUUGCUAAAAUAAAGCAGUUUCAUGCCUCUAAAACAAAGCAAGGUAGUGUUGAAAAUUUGAAUUUAUUUACUAAACCAGAGGUAGCUAAAGCCUUGCCUCCUUCCACUAGUUCCAAAGUGCGCAUUGCUCAUGUACCUUAUGCAUCAACUUUAAUAACUGCCAAAAAGUCAAUUAAUACACCUGUCAUAAAUAAGGCUAAAGUCUUACCUUCCACUAGUUUUACAUCAAUACAAACAGUGAAAAAAGGUGAACAAAGAGUAGCACAUGUACCUAAUGAAAAGUUUAUUGAUAGGCCUGGAGUUCUAGAGCCACUGGGAUCAAAAAUUGCAGCAAAUGUUCGAUCUACAUACUUAAAUUUAAUGAUAGAUCAGUGUUUAAAAAUAUAUUUGUCUGCAACUGAUGCCUAUGCAAGAGCACAACAUGAAGAGCUAACCACUAGUAAAAAAUGUAAUACUGUUCCUAUAUACAAAAACUCUGCAGUAUUAGCUAUAAGCAGGUUAAAAAAAGAGCUGCAUGAAUGCAAUGGUGUUAAAAAAUCUGGAGUAGAAUGUCCUGGCUUACAGAAGGUGCACAAUUCUAAAAUAGAUACAAACUCUCUGGGUUCAUGGAGUAUAGAGAGCCGAAGCAAGAAAAUUUAUGAUAGUAUUGAUCAAUAUACAGGGGCUAAAUUUUAUAGCAAUAUUAAAAAGUGGAUAUUAACAGAAGAGCAAUUACAGGAAAAUGGUUUUCCAAGGCCUCAUAGCAGCGGGGAAAAGGGAAGAGCAAUUAUAUAUGGGCAAAAUAAACAGAAACCACCUAAAGGUUAUAUAAGAACUUGUUGCAGAUGUAAAAAGGAUUACACUAUAAAUAAAAAGGGCUUUCCAAUUGUGAAAGAAGAAUGUGUCUAUCAUCCCAAUAAUAAAUAUAGGAUUCGAGGUGAGGUCAAAUAUCAAUGUUGUAGUCAAGAUGGAACUUCAGAUGGGUGUUGUGUAGCAGAAAGCCAUGUUUAUGAAUAUGUUGAUUUUAAUAACUUAAAAGGUUUUGUAAAAACUCUGCCACCAGAAAAGGAAAUGGAGGAUUAUGGUGUUUACUCAUUAGAUUGUGAAAUGUGUUACACCACCCAUGGUUUAGACUUGACCAGAGUGACUGUUAUUAAUUCUGCUUGCAAAGUAAUAUAUGAAACUCUCAUUAAACCGCUGCACCCAAUAAUAGAUUACAAUACUAGGUAUUCUGGCAUCACAGAAGAACAAAUGUCUCAAGUUAAGACAACAUUGUUGGAAGUGCAAGCCACUUUGCUAACAAUGUUUAAUAGCAAGACAAUUUUAAUAGGGCAUAGUUUAGAGUCUGACUUCAAAGCGCUUAAAUUAAUACAUGACACAGUGAUAGAUACAAGUGUAAUAUUUCCCCACAAAAUGGGACCUCCCUUCAAAAGGGCACUGAGAAACUUAUCUUCAGAAUAUUUAAAAAAAAUUAUUCAAAACUCUGUUGAUGGCCAUGACAGUGCUGAAGAUGCAACAGUUUGUAUGGAACUGAUACAUUAUAAGUUAAAGGAAGAUCUUAAAACUAGGUGA